GCCCGACUGGAGAGCCGCGACUGCCGUUGGGAGCCGGCCUCCGGUGACGCGCCUCGCGGCGCGGAAGGUUCUGGGAGUAGUAGUUCGACCUUGUUUUCGGCCGGUGUGUCUUAGAUCCCGGGGCUCCUAGACUCCUCUGUUGCCGCCGGCCCAGCUUCCUCCGUGUCUCGCGUGAGGGCCAUUUUCUGAGGACUCAGACCUUCCCCAUGCUGGAGAUUCAGAAGAAAAUGGUGCAACCACUAUGCUGCUAACCACUGCCCUGCUGACCCCUGUAUCCCAGGAUGGGACCUGCAACCCAAGCAUGUGCACUGACCAGUAAUUGAGCCAGCGACCUUCCACUUUGUGGAACAACGCCCAACCAACUGAGCCAUAGAAGACAGUGCUCUACUAAUUCUUGACCAAGUGUUCCCUCCUUCCUUCAACUAUCUCACAAAAAUUUAGUGUUCCUGCUGUGUGCCAAUUUCUUCAGUGAGGAAAAACAGACCUGACUUCUGCUUUCAGAGUCCAGACAGACCUGACUCUGUCCUAUUCAAGGUAACAUGCAGUCCUACUGCAUGGAGGCAAGGAGCUGGUCUGUGACUACAAAUACAACCAUCUCCCCUUGUCUGCAGUUUCACUUUCUGCUAUUUCAAUUACCUGCAGUCAAUCAUGGUCCAAAAAUAUUAAAGGAGUCACUGAUGACCAGGGAUAUGGCCGAGGCUCUCACCCAGUGGGAGCAGCUGAACCCUGCUCAGGGAGAUGUGCCCAAGAAGCAUAGGAACCUGGUCUUACUGGGACUUCCAAUUUCCAAGCCUGAUGUAGUCUCUCAGUUGGGGUGUGGGGAGAAGCUGGAUAAAGAAGCCGCAAAAGCCACUAGUCCAGACUGGGAGACACCAGAAAGCAAGGAGCUAACUCCAGAGCAGGAUGUUUCUGAAGAGGAGUCAAACCCUAGUGUGUUAAUAGAAAGAUUUCCAAAGGAAGAUGACAGUGGAUGUGAGGAUUCUUUAGAGAGUCAGCAGGAAAACCAUGAGAAACACUUAAUACAAGAAGUUGUCACUCAGAAGAAAUCUUCAGGGGAGAGUCGUUACCAAUGUGAUGAAUUUGGAAGAAAUUUUGGCCGGAGGUCAUUACUUGUUCAACAGCAAGGAAAGAGACUACGUAAUUGUGAUUCAUUUAAAAAGAACCUAAAGCAAAAUUCAGAUCUAAUGAGGCAUGAGAGAAUUUGUGCAGGAAAGAAACCCUGGAAGUGUAAUGAAUGUGAGAAAGCCUUUAGUUACUAUUCAGCUUUUGCCUUGCAUCAGAGAAUUCACACAGGAGAAAAGCCCUAUGAGUGUAAUGAGUGUGGUAAAGCCUUUAGCCAGAGCAUACACCUUACUCUCCACCAGAGAAUUCAUACUGGAGAGAAGCCCUACAAAUGUCACGAAUGUGGAAAAGCCUUUAGUCACCGCUCAGCCCUUAUUCGGCAUCACAUAAUUCACACUGGAGAGAAACCCUAUGAGUGCAAUGAAUGUGGGAAGGCCUUUAAUCAGAGCUCAUACCUCACUCAACAUCAGCGAAUUCACACUGGAGAGAAACCUUAUGAGUGCAAUGAAUGUGGGAAGGCCUUCAGCCAAAGUACAUUUCUUACUCAGCAUCAGGUCAUUCACACUGGAGAGAAACCCUAUAAGUGUAAUGAAUGUGGGAAAGCUUUUAGUGAUCGUUCAGGCCUCAUCCAGCAUCAGAGAACUCAUACUGGGGAGAGACCUUAUGAGUGUAAUGAAUGUGGGAAAGCCUUCGGCUACUGUUCAGCCCUGACUCAACAUCAGAGAACUCACACAGGAGAGAAACCCUAUAAAUGCAACGAUUGUGCCAAAGCCUUCAGUGACCGCUCAGCCCUCAUCCGUCAUCAGAGGACACACACUGGAGAAAAACCUUACAAGUGUAAUGAUUGUGGCAAAGCCUUCAGCCAGAGCUCAUCUCUCACAAAGCACCAGAAAACUCAUACCGGAGAAAAACCUUAUAAGUGUAAGGAAUGUGGAAAAUCCUUUAGCCAGAGUUCAUCCCUUUCUCAACAUCAGAAAACUCAUGCUGGAGGGAAAACCAAGGAAUAUGGAAAAGGCUUUACUGAGCAUUGAGCCUUUGGUCAGCAAAAGAGAAUUCAUACUAGAUAAAAACUAUAUGAAUUUUUUUCCUGGUUGUGAGUAAUCAUCUCAGUAGUUAUCUCAAUCAAAAUUGUAAUCAUCUAAGUAAUUAUCUCAAUCAACAAUUCUUGAGGGGAAAUUUGUUGAUUGAGAUAACUACUCAAAUGAUUACUUGUACCCAGGAAAAAAUGAGACACAUGAGUCAGUCAGUUAAAAAAUUUUUAUGAGGCAGUUCCCCUGAAGCCAGAGGAUGCUGGCCUGGCUGUUCACUUCUGCACUUUUUGUGUCUUUUAGACUUCCUUAUUGAGACAUCUACUGAGAAUCACAUUAACUCCCAGAGUCAAACCUGUAUCUUAGAAAAAGGGAGUACAGAGGGACCUUUGAUGUUUUCAGCCUGUUUUAAGUUAUCUUUGUUACCUGAUAGUAUGCUUAUUUAUGAAGAUUUACCCUAAUUAUAUAUUGCUUAUACUUUAGACUUUUUCAUACUAUAGUAAAAUUUAGUUGUAGGCCUAAACUGACACUGCAUACUAGCUUGUGAAAAUUUGAGGUUUUUGAAAUACUUGCCUUUCCCAUUUUACUCUUGGGUAGAGGCAGGUGACAUGAUAUAUAUAUAUUUUAAUUGAAACCUUGAAGGUUAUUAUUGGAAACAUUUUGAGUGCUGUGUUUUUAGUUCCCACAUUUGACCUUAGAUGUGUCUCUGUGUGGAUUUCUUUAAGUUUAUUCUGUUUGCUGAGCUUGGAUAUGUAGGUUUAUGUCUUUUUCAUAAUUGGGGAUAUUUUCAGACAUAGCUUUUAAAAAAAUUUUUUGGAUUGAUUUUUAGAGAGAAAGGGAAAGACAGAGGGAGAAACAUCAAUUUGUUGUUCCACUUAUUCAUGUAUUCAUUGGUUGAUUCUUGUAUGUGCCCUGACUGGAGACUGAGCCCAUAACUUAGUAUAUUGGGAAGACACUAACCAACUGAGCUACUCAGCCAGGGUGAGUCAUCAUUUCUUCGAAUACAUUUUCAGCCCUGACUCCUGCCCCUUGUCUCCUUCCAGGAUGCUGAUACAGAUGUUAGGUCUUUGCAUGCAAUCCCACAGGUUCCUGAGGCUCUGUUCAUUGUUUUCCAGUAUAUAUUUACCUUAAUCUGCUCAGGCUGCCAUAACAAAAUGCUACAGCCUGGGUGGUUCAAACAACAGAAUUUUAUUUCUCACAGUUAUGGAGCCUGGAAGUCCAAGAUCCAGGUGUCAGCUUUAGUCUUUGGUGAUGGAUCUCUUCUUGGCUUUCUUGCUGAUUGUGUCCUCACAUGGCCUUUUCUUGAUGCAUGCCUGUGGAAAGAGAGAGAGAGAGAGAGAGAGAGAGAGAGAGAGAGAGAGAGAGAGAUCUUUAUUCCUCUUUAAAAGCUACCAGCACUGUCAGAUUAGGAACCUAACCUUAUGACCUCAUUUUACCUUAAUUGCCUCCAAAAAGCCCUUCCUCUAAAUACAGUCACAUUUGGAAGUAGCAUUUUGACAUAUGAAUUUUGGGGGGAAACAAUUCAGUCCAUGGCAUUUUCCCCUGGCCCUCAAAGUUCAUGUUCUUCUCACAUGCAAAAUAUGUUCAUUUCAUCCUAAUAACCCUCAAAAUCUUAACUUAUUCCAGCAUCAACUCUAAAGUCCAAAGUCUUACAUACAUCAGAUAUGGGUGAGACUUGAGGUAUAAUUCAUCCUGAAGCAGAUUCCUCUUUGGCUAUGAACCUGUGAAACCAGACAAGUUAUGUGCUUCCAAACACAGUGAUAGGGUAGGCACUGAACAGAUGUUCCCAUUCCCAAAGGAGGACUAGGAAUAAGGGAAAGGGUAAUGGGUCCCAAGCAAGUCCAAAACCCAAUGAGAUAAAUUCCAUCGGAUCUUUUUGCUUUUGUUUUUGUUUUUUAAGGUUUGACUUAUUUUCAGAGAGAGAGGAAGUGAGGGAGAAAGAAAAGUAGACAAACAACUGGUUGCUUCUUGCACCCCCGAGCUGGGCACCUGACUAGAGACCCAGACAUGUGCCCUGGCUGGGAAUUGAAUGGCGUUUAAUCCACUUAGCCACACCAGCCAGGGUGAAUUCCAUCAGAUCUUGAUGCCUUACCUCCCAGACCCACUGCAGCAGGAGUCCCACCUUUACAACUCACUGCUGCAGCAGUCCCAACACCAAGGCUCAGCUGGGUAGCCCUGUCCCCCAAACUUUAGUUUGAGGCCAUGUGGCCUGUUGACACUUCAGGGGCAUCUCCCCUGCCUUUGAAACUGAGGAGGCAACCUGAUGACCUCUGAAUUUAUUUCUUCUCUUUUCUUGCAGAAUAGGGUAUGUUUAUUGUUCUGUUGUCUGGUCCUAUAGGAUCUAAGAAGUCUGACAGCCUCCCUUCAUUUUGUCUAGUGUUUUCUGUCCCCUUUAGUACCAGUUGGCAAUGUUUCAUCUCAAUUUCUGACUUCUGUUGAGGUGAUUGAUUAAAUCCAUGAGUCACACUCAUUAUCUCUUUAUUAAAAGCUAGUCAGCAACGGCCGAACAAGCUUUCUCAUAUUUUGCAAUAUAGGUAGACAGGAUUUUUCAAAUCUCGAAGUUCUUUUUUCUUUUUGCUUAACAAUUCUUUCUUCAAUUCAUCUCUCUCUCUCUUCUCACAUUUUACUACAAACAGUGAGGAGGACCAAAGCUUCACCUUCAGUGCUUUGCCUGGAAAUCUCUGGUGAAUAUCCAGUUUCAUUACUCACAAGUUGUCCUUUCCACAAGACAGUGGAACACAGUUCAGCCAAGUCCACUGGCACUUUACAACAAAGAUCGCCUUUCUUCCUGUUUCCAGUAACAUGUCCUCAUUUCUGACUGAGACCUCAUCAGAACGACCUUUAACAUCUGCACUUCUAGCAUGUACCUCAAAACCCUUCCAGCCUCUACCCAUUACCCAGUUCCAAAGCUAUGUCCACAUGUUUAGGUAUUUGUUAUAGCAGCACCCCAAAUCUGUCUUAGCAGUACCAAAAUCUGUCUUAGCUGGCUUGGACUGCCAUACCACAGACUGGGAGACUCAAAGAACAGAAACCUAUUUCUUACAGUUCUGGGGGACUGAAAGUCAGAUCAAGGUACCAGCUGAUUUGGUUUUGGUGAGAGUUCCUCCUGGCUUACAAAAAGCUACCCUAUUGCUGUGUCCUCACAACCCUUCCUCAGUACAUGCAUGUGUGUAAGGGGAGAGGGAGAGUGAGCUCUCUUUUCUUAGAAGAUAUCAACCCUGUCAGAUUAGGACCCCACAGUUAUAACCUCUUUUAACCUUAAUUACCAUCUAAAAGCCCCAUCUCUAAAUACAGUCACAUCGUGGGUUAGGGCUUCAACAUGAAUUUGAGGGGACACAGUUUUCCAUAGGUAUUUUAUAUUGUUCUAUCUCCAAGUUCAUUGCUUCCCCCCCUCUGUUUCUUCCAUUCUGUUAGCAAGCUUAUCAUUGGGUUCUGUUACUGUGUUUUUUAGUUCCAUCUGAUUCUCCAUUCUGUUUCUUGGCGGAGACAGUCUGUUUUUAAAUUUGUGUCAAGCAUGUUUGUUAUUGCUUAGUGAGGCAUCUUUAUGAUGGCUGUUUUAAACUAGUAUCAUUCUAACAUCUAGGUCAUCCCAGUGUUGGCAUCUGUGGACUGUCUUAUCAUUCAAGUUGAGAUAUUCCUGGUUCUUGGUGUGAUGAGUGAUUUUCAGUUGAAAUCUGGACAUUUUGGGUAUUAUGUUAGGAGAUUCUCUUUACUAUUUAAAUAUUCUAUCUGGGCUGGCCUCUGACAAUGCUCUAAUGGAGGAAUGUUGUAAGUUGGUGUUAGAAGUCUAGGUUCAUCAUUAGCCUCUAUUUGGGUAGGGGUCCUCAAUACUGCUGGGCAGGAGUGGGAGUUACAGCUCCCCAUGAGGGCCACACUGAUACCAUCCAGCUGGGAGGGACAGGAGUGUCUCAUUAUUUCUCCCCACAUGGCCUCCACUGACAUGGGGUAGGGUUGGGUGGGGAGUGACCUUAUGACUAUUGGUCAUUGGUGAAAGUCCUGACCCUCCAGUAUGCCUCCACUGUCCAAACCAGUAAAGAAGGGAGAGACCAGUAAAUCUGGUCUCUCGGUAAUGUUAGAAGCCUGGUCUCCCAACAGGGUCUCCAUUGGCACUGCUGGGGUAGAAUGGGAGAGAGGUGGUUUUUGAAAAUCUUGUCUCUUCACUUGAACUUCUCUGACUGAACUCCAGGUGGGGUUUCAUCUCGGUGAGGGUGGACUCAGCCUUUGUUUUUACGGAUAGUGCUGAAGUUUUCUGUCAUGGCCUUUGGCUGGAGGAGAGUGGUUAUUGUCUAAAAAAUUUCUGUCUUGAGAGGUUGCUCCUUUGCUAGUCCUUUGACUCAAAAGAGCAGACUUUUCUUAGACCUUUUUUUUGGUCUAUGCCUGUGGCAUUUCUGGGUUACCAGCUUCCUCAGUACCCAGCCUGGGAUAGGUGAGGCAAAAAGAAAGCCCAAGGGACUCAGUGGUAUAUUGUUCUUUAGGUUCCCUGAAUCUUCUCCACCUUCCAGAAUCUUCUUACAUUGUUUUAAAUGUUGUGCCCAGUGUUUUAGUUAUACUUAGAGGAAUAGGGAAGAGUGUUUCUCCACCUUUCCCAUGACAUCCUUCCUUUUGACCCUGAAGUGACAUGUGACCUUUGUCAGACAUUGUAACAUACCUAGGUUGUUUGUGACCAGUCAGGAUUAACUACCAAAAGGGAGUGCUCACUGGUUCCCCAGAGAAGCUGCCAGGUUGGUAGGUAGAAACUACCAGUCUGCAAGCUUCAUCCAGCUUUGAAGAAACUAUAGCUUUUAAGUGGAGGAAAUGUCAGUCUUCAAUUGUAGAUUACAAUUUGAGAAGGAAAGGUAGAUAUGACUAAAUAUAAACUGUGGAGUUAAACAUUUCUGUUUGCUUCUUUGUUCCAAGACCAUGUGGGAAACACUAGAGAACUGGAUUCAGAUUUUGUUUUUUUGAAUCAUAUAUUACCUAUAGUUAGAUAUCUGUCAUUUUUAAGUUAAUGUAUAACACAGGAUAUCAGAAAACCAACAAAAUAAAGAACAGAAAUAAUUGGAAUUUGGGACAACUCACUUCACCCCUUUAAAUCUGUUUCUUCAUUUAUAUAUUUUUAAAAAUGUGAUACCUUCUUGAGAGUGGCUAGAUUAGGUAGAUCAUAGGUCCAAAAUGAUUUGUAAGCUAUCAGGUGCUAUAUAACCAUUAUGUAUUGUUUACAGAGUCCUUUAUAUGACCUGUCCACCAUGUAUGCUUUCCGAUGGUAUAGCCCAAUAAAAAUGAC